UCCAGUCGUCCAAACGUACUCUCUCUGUUCAAGUCCCCAUGUGGUUGUUGAUACUCGUGACACUGUCGUGUUGUUCUGACCACUCAUUCAAAUCACCACGACCACCAGUGAUUUUUUCCAUAACGUUCAUCAACAGUAGUCCAAGUUAGAAGGUGGUGGAGGUGGUGGCUCUCGUGGUUUUCCAAGUGACUUUUACACACACUCAAGACUACUCACUUGAUCUGUUACCCUCGUUGAUGAUAGUUGACAUGCUUUUUCAUUCUUUCUCGACACUUUUUAUUCUUCAUUGAAUCAAUUAGCUGGUGAAUUAGUGGUUUUAAUUAUUAAUGGAAUUAUCUAGUGUAUUAUCAGAUGAAAAUAAGUGCUAGUGAAUGUUGAUUUAUUUUAAAAAAUAAUCAAAAUCCUUUUUAAAUGGAAAUAAAAGUAAAUGAAAAUGUUGGAAUUAAUUUCCAAGAACAAAGUGUGUUAGUUUGUAUAACUAGAUUGCCGUUGUGGUUAUGUUCAUUAAUUAGUGUCUUGCUAAUGACCAUUUCUACAUGCAUGAACCCAUGGCUUCAUUGGUAUUCGAUUAUUAGGAUAAUCAAUUAACGCAUGGCGCAAUUGAUUAUUAUUGAUAGUCGUUGAUUAAAAUAUAUACGCACUACUUUGCUAACUUUCCACAAGUGUCUUAUUUAUAUUUCAACUUCACCAUCUUGUUUAAAUAAAUAUUUAUCCAUUAAGUGUUACUGUACUAUUGUUUGAUGAAAUCAGUAAUUAAGAGUGAUUGUGAUGUAAGAGAUGCGUCGUGGUGACAUCGCGGUGAUCGCGAUUGCCCUCAUAAUUAUUGGGCUCAUCCAAGGCCCACAUCAGACCAGGGUAGUCGGUGCUGUGGUGGUAGGUGCUGCAGUGUGUGGUCGCAUCCCAGGACUCGCGAAAAAUCAACGUGAACAGUGCAGAAAAAUGCCACACGCAAUGCCAGCCGUUGGAGAAGGUGCAGAACUUGGUCUUCGUGAAUGUCGACACCAAUUUAGGCAUCACCGAUGGAAUUGUUCGCAUGUGGCUCAUGACAGAGUUUUUGGUCAUGUUGUUGUUGUUGGAAGCAGAGAGGCUGCUUUUACCUAUGCAAUAAGCUCUGCAGGUGUAACAUAUGCAGUUACUGCGGCUUGUAGUCGAGGAAACAUAACAGCUUGUGGUUGUGAACCGGCUGUAAGAACAAGAAAAGCUUUACCACCAAAUGGAUGGGAAUGGGGUGGAUGCAGUGCAGACGUGACUUAUGGAAUGAGGUUUGCGCGUAGGUUUCUUGAUGCACGAGAGGUGGAAGGUGAUGCCAGGAGUCUCAUGAAUCUCCACAACAACAAGGCCGGAAGAAAGAUUGUCAAGGCAAUGCUUCAAACAGAAUGCAAAUGUCAUGGAGUAUCUGGCUCCUGUACAGUGAGAACCUGUUGGAGAACAUUACCUAGCUUCCGACAAAUUGGAGAUGCUUUAAUGAAAAAGUAUUAUCGUGCGAGACCUGUAAUAGCCAUAACUCCACCGUCUUCACCAGCAAUCAUUCAAAGUACUGACUACAUGGAUCAAUCAUCAAUAGAAGUGGUUCCAAUAGUAGGAAAUGACGCCAAGACACAAGGGAAACCUAAUGAAGUGAAUGUGAGAACUGAUAGGAGGACUUUAAAAAAAUUUAGCAGUGCUAGAAAACUACAUUUAGUAUUAAAGAGAGCUAAAUUAAGUGGAGGUGUAGGAAUAAAUCAAAAGAGAAUUCCUAAAAGAAGUGAACUGGUAUUUCUUCAACCAUCACCAAACUAUUGUGAACCAGAUCUAACAAUGGGUAGCCUUGGUACUCAAGGAAGAUCAUGUAAUCGUACAAGUAAAGGAACAGAUGGAUGCGAUUUAAUGUGCUGUGGACGAGGAUAUAAUACCCAUCAAUAUACAAGAUCUUGGCAAUGUAGAUGUAAAUUUCAUUGGUGUUGUCGUGUACAUUGUGACACAUGCACAGAACGUACUGAAGAAUAUACUUGCAAAUAAAACCGAUGAAAGAAAAAAGAUGAUAAGUAAUAUAAUUACAGAGAUAUA